ACAGCCUUGUAGUGGCAACACGUGAGAAUAUUUCUGAAGUUUUUUAAAAUGGGCAAGACAAGUAGACAAAAAUUUAAAGACUGGAUAUUAGAAAAAUCUCAUCAGUAUAUGCAAAAUAUUCAGACCGAAGAAGAAUCUGUACAGGAGGAAGAUGAUCCGAGUAAAGAAGUAAAAAUCAAAAGAAAAGCAAAUCCAGAAGAUAAAGAAAGAAAACGAUUAAAGAGGAAGAAGCUUAAAGAAGAAAAGUUAAAUACACGAAAAGAAAAUGAAGUCAACAAAGCAUUGGCGAGUAAAAAUGCAUUAGAUUAUUUACACGAAUGGGAACUUCGUCGUGAUUCGUGGUCUUUUAAGAAAAAACGUCAAAUUUGGCUUAUCAGACAUUUGUAUGAUAAUCAGCAGAUAUCUGAUGAUGAUUUUAAAAUAUUAUUAAAAUAUUUAGAAAAUAUCCAAGGUAAUUUAAGAGCAAAAAUAUUAUCAGAGGCUGAAGAUAUAAUUAAAGAAUAUGAUAGACAAUCAGAAAGUAAUGAAACUUCAGAUACUGAAACACAUUUAAAUUGUUCAAAGGAUUUGCAAGAGUACAAAUAUAACAGAGCAAGAAUGUUGAUUCAGAUUCUCGUAUAAUUCUUUUGUAUGUAUAAAAAUUAUGUACAAAACUUUUCAUAAAACCUUUUAAUAUUUAUUCUUUUCUCUA